AUGGCAGAUUUUCAAUUCAAAAUAAUAUACAUUACAGUUAUUGCUUCUUAGAAAAAGGUAAGUAGGAUCAAAAAGGAAUUAAAUAAGCAUAGAUUAAUAAAAAAAAUUAAUAAGAUUCAAGAGAUAAUCAUAAAUUAAUUAAUUAAUUAAUAAUAUCCUUCAUACAAAUUAAAAGAAUAAUAAUAAUAAUAUAAAAUCUUCAAAAAAUAAUUAAUAGUAAAAGUUUAGAGUAUUUAAAGAAAGGUUUAUGGUAUUAACGAUUCAAAUAUAAGAAUGAAAUACUAUAAUACCAAACACAUAUCCAAAUGGACACUAAAUUUUAAGAAAGAUUAUUUAGAAGAGUAAUUUCAUCAAUAGAAUAAGACAAAAGACUUCUUCUUCUUUUAAAUGAUGAUUCUCUCUACAUUUCUUUGGAGUAUUAUAUCUAUUACAAUAGAUGGUAUAUCUAUAAAUAUGGGAGCAUUAUUAGGUGUUUUGUUUUUAUCUUUCCUAAUUAUAAGAGUUCCUCAUCUUAAAUUUUGCUAGUAUUAUAUUUUUGUAAUUUAGAUUUUAGCAUGUAUAGCUAUCCCAUACUAUAACUUAAGUAAUAAGCAGCCAUAUUGGAGAAUCUAUCUGAAUGGAGCUGCUUCUGUUUUGUGGAUGUUUGUAGGAUACUAAUCAUUUGUAAUGGAAAGCAUUUCGAUUGCAUUUUAAAUAAUAGCUCCAAUUUAUAUACUUAAAAUGCAAUAUGAAUAUAUUGUAGUACUUGGACUGUUUAUGUUACUGCUUAUAACUAGUAGAUACAUAAACAAUCGUAGUUAAAGAUUGCUGUUCCUUGCAUUGCAAAGUUUUGAGCAAUGGUAAGAAGCAAUAGAAAAAACCGUUCCAACGUAUUUUAUUGUUUCUCGUUUUGAGUUUAUCACUCAUCAAAUGUAUUUACAUGAUUAAAAUAAGAAAUUCUAAAAAUUUAUGGAAGCCUAAUAGAGUACCAAAAAGUUUGGGUCAAAGAACUCAGAGGAUAACAAACUUUAUAUUGAGUUUCUUAAGAAUUGUGAAAUAGAGUAUGCACCUUCUUAACCGUUUUCGCCUGCAUCUGCAGGUGGUGUCAGGUCUCAUGGAAACUCUUAUUCAAAUAAGAAUUCGAAUGUUGAGUCAAUCCAUUCAAACUAAAAUUUAUAUGGAUUUGGAACAGGUAAAAAUUAAGUUAAUAACAACAAUUUAUUAAGCUCAGUUCAUUUGAAAGUAGGUAAUUAGUAUACUAACAAUACUCCUUCCUCAGCUACAUAAGCUAUUAAUACUUUGUUUGAUCUUUUGUUGAAAAAGCAUGACUAGCUAUACAAUGAAACUACUUAAGCUUAAAAUAAAAAAGGAAGAAAAUCCUUGCAAUUUAAUUAAAAUAAACCAGAUGAUAAAAAAAUAAAAACUAAUAACAAUGACUUUGCUGCAGCUGCACCAGGCGAUUCGAGGAGAAAUACCAUACUUGCAUAAAAUUUAUUCACUAAUAUCGAUGAAAAUGGGGUUCAAUAAAAUUAAUUGCUGAAAGAAGAGUAAAUCAAAGUGAUUUAUAAAAGUCCAUCUUCUCUAUCUAUUUAGAAGUUCAAAGUGAAAAUAGUUCCUUUGAUUAUGCAAGAACCACUUUUAGCUAUUAGUUUGUAAGAUAUCACUUUAAACGAAGAAGAAAAGAAAGUUAAAAAAAUAGAAUAAGAUAAUAAUGCAAUAAAUCUUUAGGUUAUUUCUAAAAUAAAAUCACACCUCGAGUAUUUAAACUAGAAUUUAUCAAAAGUCAAAAGCCAAAAAAUGAAGCAAGCAAUUAUCUUUCCUCUGAAUAUCAUUAGGAGUACAGCUGCUAUUGAAAAGAAUAAGAUUACUUAUGAAUAAUUUGGAGUUAACUAGCUAUUUAAAGAACUUGCUAGCACAUUUCCUAAUCUAGCUUAAGUGAAAGUGAAGAAUAACUCUGAAAACUUAUAAAACUAAAACACAAUUAGUUCUUAUUAAAAAAGGGAAAAUAGCAACAAUACUCUCAAUCAGAAUGCAAAUUAAGAUGAAUAAGAGAAAAUGAAGGAGUUUGAUUUGAUUGACCCUCAGUCAUUUGAAGAGCUUGAUGAUUAAGAAAUGGUCAAACAGUAGAAAGAGACUAUUGCAAAAAAAUAUAAUUUAGCUGGAGUCAUAUCAGCCAAUCAUGAUUUCCUGUCUUUUUCUCUCCAAGAAAAACAAUUUUAUAGAUAAAAAUCAAAUUUAUAAUCCAGUAUGCAGACUUUAGGGGCUGAAAAUCUUGCAUUAAAGGGCUAUGCCAAUUUUGUUGAUAGUGAAUAAAUAAUUCCUUAUUACAAUUUUUAGAAAAAGAUAAAUUUAACCGAAACAGCUGCUGCCAACAAAGAUAAAUUUAAUUCUUGUUAAAAUAUAUAUAUAGGUUCUUAAAUUGAUAAUGAUUUCAAUAAUACGCAAAGAAUACAUUAAGAAAAUGAAUAAAAUCACAAUACUUCUGCUUAAUUUAAAAAUUUUUAUAAAUCAAUAAGUAAUGAUAAUAUUGGAUCUAAAAAAUAGAAUAAAAUGGUCAAUAAAUUUAGUCAAUAGCAUUUACCAAACACUGUUAAUACUAGCCCAGCAUUUUAAAAGGUAAAUCCUUUGACUCAAUCUAAAUCCUCAAUUUCGUAUAAAGUAAUUAAAUAAUAAUUAAUAUCUUAGAUUAAUAAUAAUUUAAAGCAAUUUGAUGAAAGCUAGCAAAAUAAUAAGUCUUAAAUUGGCUAAUUAGAAUAGAAAAAUAAACUGAAUAUACCUACAUCAGAGGAUUUGUAAAAAAGAGGAUUAACUUUGUAUACCACAACAACGGGUUUGUCAUAACAAUAAUAUGGAUCAUUCAUGCAAACAAAAUGUUAAAAUUAAAUAGAAAAAGAAGACACUCAUGAAGAUCUAAAUUCAGAAAAGGUCAGCAAUAAAAUUUAAACUGCUUUUCAAAUUAAUUAGAAUAAUUUUAGCACACAAAAAAUAUUAAGUGAUUAAAAUUUAUUGUAACAAAACAAUAACAUAUAAAAUGCGAGUGGUGUACAGCUACGUGAAGAUAGACACUCUUCUAUCGGAUAAGUCAGUUCAAACAAUUUUCCAAGUAUUAACUAAAUAGAGUUUGAAGCAAAUUAAAAUUUAGUUAAAAAGCACAACUUUAACUAAUAAGUCGCCAGUAAUAAAUUAAUUGUUUAGGGUGAUAACAAAAACUAAGAUGCAAGCGUUUUCACUAAUUUGCCACAUAUUAAAACUUCUACAUAAUUAGAAACUGAGGCUAAUGAUGUUAUGAGCGAAAAAGAAAAAAAACUAAACACAUUAUUUAAUAACUAAUCAAAGAAUUCAAUAAAUUAACCUGAAAUUUAAAUUCACAGCAAUUACAGACUAAUAUUUUAGGCCUUGUGUGGGAUCAUUACUUGCUUUGGCAAGCAAGAUGUGCAAAUAAUUAUAGAAAACUAUAACAAAAAGCUCUACAAUUCUCUGAAAUUUACAGUAAAAUGUAUUUAAAAUGAAAAUUAAACAAACAAAAAAACAAAUUAAAAUAGCGAAAAGAAAUAAGAACAAAAAUAAAUAUUUAAUUUUGAGAAUUCUCCAUCAAUAAAUAAUUCUCCACAGCAAAAUACUUAUCAAUACUCAAUGUUCCCUUCAAUAAACACACAUACUCAUAAUCCUCCAAACAGUAUUCUCUCACCCUCAUCAAACUUCCAAUCAGAAAAUAAUACUCCUCUUAAGUAGAUAACAGUUGGAAAAGUAACUAAAUUUAAUUUAUUAUCGACAAAUAAAGUUAUGAAGGCUGAAGAAGAUUUCAAAAAGAAUUUGUAUGACCUAAGUUACUUAAGCAGCAAGCAUUUAAGUAAUAAAAUUUGGAAUAGUAUUAAAGAUAUAGCAUGCUUAUUGGGACCUGAGAAGUUAGAAUAUCAUGAAAAUACUAUAUCCAUAGAAUUUUUUACAAAUAUGAACAUUAUCAAAAAUUAAUAAAUGAACCCAAACAUUCCUUUCUAAAAUACUAAGCCGAAUCGUAACAGCCUUUUCAGUAUUUAGCAUAAUCUACAAAAUUAAAUGUUUGUAAAUAACAUUAAUUCGCAAACAAAUAUAAAUAACAGUUAAUUUUAGCCAAAUAAUUCUAACAUGACUUAUUACACUCCAUAACUUAAUGUGUAACCUAAUUUCUAAGAAAAUGUAGCUUAAAGCAUAAUCAACAUCAAUAAUAGCUCUAUUGUUUUGGCAAAUGUGAUUAAUAACAAUUUAAACAUAAAUAAUAUAAAUAAUGAACCUAAUACAUCUAUUGCUAAUGCUUAAAAUAUAAGUAGAUUAGAUCCUCAAACAGCAUCUAACAAAAAUAGUUUUAAUAAUUUAUAAUAACAACAAAAUACCUAUGUUUCAUUUUAAUAAUACCUAUCAUUAAACAGUAAACAUAGUGAUUAAAAUUACAGACCAUCUUCAUAGCAAAGCAUAUAAAUCUAAAAAUAACCUCAAAAAGUAUAAACAAUAUUUCCAGUCCAACAGCAAUCCUCUAAUUAACCAUUUAUGGUCAACUCUAAAUUGAGAAUCCCUGAAGAAGAAGAGUAAUCUCCUUAUAAAAAGAGAUAAUAUAGUUAAGUCUCGUUGUCUUUAAUGAGUUUAUAAUCUUAAUAGGACGAAGGUAUCAAUUAAGUAUAACCUAUAAAAAACUUUCUAAACUAAAACGCUAAAUUUAAUAACUGA